GGGGUUUUUUUCCGCGCUUUUCGUUACAUCAGACGUCCAUCUCAACAUGUGGAUACAGCCUCUCGCAUCUGUAAACAAAUAUUGCGUCUUUGAGAAGGAUUUCAUAUUUAGAUCGAUACUCGCCUGUUGCCCUUCUUGAUUAAGGGGCUUCCUAGGUUUUUUAGGCUAGACGAUUUUGGACGCGAUGCCGAAAGGAAAGAAGAAAUCUAAAUCAGGUGGCACCCUUCGGGGAUCCCGGCUUGAGGCCGGACUGGCGCCCUCGAGCAGCGACGACGAGUCCAACGCUGACACAGCCAGCGUGCUCAGCUGUGCAUCAGAAUCUCGAUGCGGCAGUGACGGCACUGUUGGUGAGGCAGAUGUGGAUGAUGGUGUGCUUCACGACGAUUUUGAGGACAAGCUGAAGGAAGCGAUUGAAGGGACAUCUCAGAAAAGUGCCAAAGGACGCCUCUCAUGCCUGGAAGCCAUUCGCAAAGCUCUGUCCAACAGAUAUCUGUACGACUUUCUCAUUGAACGGCCAACAACUGUUUGCGACUUAGUGGAACGUGGCCUGCGCAAAGGUCGAGGAGAGGAGCAGGGCGUGUCGGCUACCCUGGCGGCACUGGCCUGUGUUCACUACGGGGCUGGCGAGGAGGCGGCUAGCCUGUUUCAGACGUUGCUUCAGCCAUUGACCACCUUGCUCUUGGACACAGCGCAGCCUCCAUCAGUGCGAGCAAAGUGUGCAACAGCCCUUGGCCUAUGCUGCUUUGUGGCAGAAUCGGACAACUAUCCAGAGGUGCAGAGGUGCAUGGAAUCCCUGUGGCAGGCAUUGUCGGGGGCCAAACCAUCGACUGGCAACAGCCCCGCCACUGUGGUGCACAGUGCCGCACUCCUGGCUUGGGGUCUCCUGCUCACCGUGGCACCCCUGGACAAGUUGUUGGCACUGGCCAAGAGCAACAUGGGCCGCCUUCAAGAACUGCUGGAGAGCUCGGAUCUGGACUUGCGCAUUGCGGCUGGCGAAGUGAUUGCGAUCAUCUAUGAAGUGGCCAGGGAUUACGACGAUAAUUUCGAGGAACCAUCAGACGCCCUCUGCAACCAACUCCGCCAGCUUGCCACUGACAGCCAAAAGUUCAGAGCGAAGAAGGAGCGCCGUCAACAACGCUCCACUUUCCGCGAUGUCUACCGGGCAGUUCAUGAAGGGUCCUCACCAGACAUCAGCGUGAAAUUUGGCCGCGAGGUGCUCGAGCUGGACACCUGGAGCCGCAAGCUGCAGUACGAUGCCCUCUGCCAACUGCUGGGAUCGGGCAUGAACCUCCACCUAGCUGCCAACGAGCUCUUGAGGGACAUUUUCGAAUUGGGUCCUGUAAUAGCGGCUGAAGACCACAUCAUUUCAAAAAUAACAAAAUUUGAGAGGCACAUGGUGAACCUUGCAAGCUGUCGCGCCCGCACGAAGACCCGCAACAGGCUGCGCGACAAGAGAGCCGACGUCUACGCCUGACGGCAGCUACGGAUGUCGAGAGAGGAACCCUUCUUCCUUCCUGGCAGCGUCACAAAAUUUUUCUCUUUUUGCGGGGGAUGCGACGACCCGCUUUCUUCUCGCUUAUCGGAGCACUUCUGAAAUUGGUCUCGAGUGCGCGGUCCCCCUUCCAUCUCCUAGGUGUGAUCCGACUUGCCGGUCUGUCGCGGGACUUCCGAUUGCGGCGUUCAUCGCUUCCCUAUCCCGCGACCCUCUCCGCCAAACCACCAUCGGCGAUUGCGCAUUUUUUCCCUCCCUUGCAUUCCUGGGAAUCAGGCUCGCCGUCGCGAAUCGAGAGAGCCAGCAUUGAAAGCUGCCACAUGCGCUCGUAGAAGAAGAAAAGCGAGAUUGUAGUGCAUAAGUUGAGUCGAGGUCAAAUACUAAUUCUGGUCCGAGUAUCCAACUGUCACUUGUCGUGCUAGACGGCUUUGUUUUGCAUGUAUUUAACUAUAUAUACAAACUGCUGAUACAGUUCUUUGUUACAUUAUGUGCAUUGAGUCUCGAGUCCCCGAUUUCGUAUCGAUUCGCUCGGCUACAACGGGAGCGCAAGUGCUUUUAGCAGCAGAUGCGGAGGUUCAAGACAGGCUGUUGAACGUGCCGUCGUGGUUUUUCCGGAGUGGUAGCCACCAGCAUCGGUAGGUGCAGCAAAACUGGCCUGGCGAGAGGGGAGUGCGGUCAGUGGAUCUGUGAUACUUGUUUUUGGCGACGUGGAGUUGUAAACUCGAGUGGGCACUGCCACGAAUAGGUGCACGUCACGUGUGCUUCGGUAAAAAAAAAAAAAAAAAUAGGAGUUUGUACAGAAAAAUGAAUGUACUAGCUUGCUUGUUGGGUGCAGUUCUCCGCGCGUAUGCGUGAGCGCCAAAGUUUUUCGGAAUGCAGAAGUUUGCAAAACGGUUCCACUUUCCUCGGACUAGCUUUUUUUUAAAACAGCCGAAGUAAUUGAAGACGAGACAAGACACGUCGCUAAACUGUCGACUUGUUGCCCAGUGUUGCCGUUGCGGUGAUGCGUGCGGACCUCUUUUUGGUUCUAGCAUCGGUCGGUCUGUUCGCCGUAAUGAAGUUCAGCUAUGUUUUCACGAAGUUCUAUGCCCUGAAAAAGUCUUUGUAGUUAUGGAUAUAACAGCAGAGACCUUGCAUUGUGUAGUACGCUUGAUAAACAGUGGCCUUUUUGUUUGUUUAUAUUUCUUGGCAGUUUGACCAUUUGUUAUGUUGCUCAGUGACCUAGAAUGAUUUUGUUUUGGGUUAUGUGCGACAGUAAGGCAUUUUUGAAAUUGUGUUCUAUGCCGGUGGCAAAAUCUUCGCGUCAAAAUGUGUGGCUGUUCAUUUUUAGGGUUCCGAUGGUACAGGUUGACUGCGCGACUUGCCUAGCAAGUUUUCCAACACAUAUCGCCGGGCCAGAAAAUUCAAAGCUGCUUUCGCGAGCUCGAAGAGGUGACCAUGUGACUCAUAAUCGAUAGGCAUUGAAUAGCGCUAAUGGAAUUUGUCGUCGCGUGUACUCUGGCUUGUAGAUUGACCUUCAGGCCUUUUAGUGAGCGAACACGUUCUUAUACUAUGGUGUGUAGAUAUCUUUUUUUUUAUUUGUUAGUACGCAUCUAGUCUUCUGGAAAGCCGUCUAUUUUGAAAGGGGGAAAAAAAAACUGCAGUUCUAUGCAAGGCAUUUGCAUCUUUCCAACCUAAAAAAAAAUAAGACCAUCCUGGGAGCAACGAAUGUACAGUCGUGUAAAAAAAAUAAUACGAACAAAAGGCAGCUCAAACGUUUAGGUCUGCAGGUGCAUUUUAUAUCAAAGCACGUAAACUUAGUUUUUUAAUAGUAUAAAUUUUGGGCGACUACUAUAUGAUAACCGUGUUCCUACAAAAACGGGGAUGUAGACAAUGGUCGUAGACUGUGUUGGCCUGUAGAGCUAUUUGUGCACACUACACGCAAACUAUUUUUUGACCAUGACUGCACAAAAUUUCCUUUAUUAGCAUCGACGUAGCCUCAGAGCAUUGACAGAUUGUUUUGAGAUAUGUACUUGUGUGCGCUCUUUUUUUAUUUGCGGGGACUUGUAUUUGUGUACAGUUUUUGUUUUGAAUGAGAAAGUUUGUUUUUUCUUUGCGUUGCUUUUAUUUUUAAGAUAACCUUGUUGUCUUGAUGCUUGUUUAAGAGGUUUUUAAUGCCAUUUUCAUUCUUUUGUCUGCACAGGCGGCCAGCGAAAUGCUCUAGCAUCGCCUUGCUAUGCAGAUUUAACGUUGUACAUGUUUGUGAAAGAGACUUUGUCUAUAAUAAAAUGCCUGGAUGUUUCCAUUGA